AAGGCAGACACCUCCUUGGCUGGACGUCUGGACCAUGGACAGAGAUCUGAGUGAAGACGACAGUGUGGUGGACCUCAGUUUCGAGGCUGACAGUCCUCUGGCGCCCCCCACCGAACUCCUGGAGAGACUGCCCAGCUACGACUGGAUUCUGCAAGGUGGCGGACGGCAGAUAUUCUUCCCACCUUCGGAGGCUCCAGGGAGGCCCCAGGAACAAAGGUCCUGGUCCUCGUUCCUGGAACACAGAGUCCCCACGGUGACAGAGGAGGUGGCCCGUGAAGCCCUCCUCGGCUUUGUGAACUCUAAAUGCUGCUAUGGCAGUGCAGCAGCUGGCAACCUCACCAUCCGGGAGCUGAAGCAGCAGACCCUCUGCAGGUAUCGACUAGAGACCUUUAGCGAAUCCAGGAUAAGCGAGUGGACCUUUCAACCCUUUACUAACCACUCAGUAGAUGGGCCACAGAGAGGCACCUCCCCCAGGCUCUGGGACAUCAAGGUCCAGGUCCCCCCGAUGUUUCAGGAAGACACCAGGAGGUUCCAAGUCCCUCACUCAUCACUGGUCAAGGAAUGUCACAAAUGCCAUGGGCGUGGGCGGUACAAGUGCAGCGGCUGCCAUGGGGCAGGUGUGGUAAGGUGCUCGUCCUGCAGCGGAGCCAAGCGCAAGGCCAAGCAGCCCCGGAGGUGCCAGAUGUGCUCGGGGUCUGGUAGGCGCAGGUGCAGCACGUGCUCAGGGAGGGGGAACAAGACCUGUGCCACCUGCAAGGGGGAGAAGAAGCUGCUGCACUUCAUCCAGCUGGUCAUCGCAUGGAAGAACAGCCUGUUCGAAUUUGUGUCUGAGCACCAGCUCGAUUGCCCUAGGGAGCUCCUUGCUAAAGCCAAGGGAGAAAACCUCUUUAAGGAUGAAAACUUGAUGGUGUACCCGAUUGUCGACUUCCCCUUGCGAGAGAUCUCUCUGGCCUCCCAGAGGGGCAUUGCCGAGCACAGUGCUGCCCUGGCUUCCCGCGCCCGCAUCCUGCAGCAGCGCCAGACCAUCGAGCUGAUCCCCCUCACAGAAGUUCACUACUGGUACCAAGGAAAGACUUAUGUCUACUACAUCUACGGCACCGACCACCAGGUGUAUGUGGUAGACUAUCCUGAGCGGUACUGCUGUGGCUGCACCAUCAUCUGACAUGGUGCAGCUGUCCCCAGAACCUGCCAUUCACUUUUGCCGAGGAGGACAACAGACAGUCUGUGAGCCCAAUCACUGCUGGCUGCAUUGGACAAUCACACGCAAACCCUGGCAUAUUCUUCCAGAAAAAUCAGCUAAUUGUCAAGCCACGACUCUUUAUGGAGCCCCUCUGGUGGAAUCCAUCACUCUUAUGUUUAACCUACAAGAAUUCAACUACACAAAUUCCCUUAGGCAAAUGAGAGAAAUAAUUUAGAUGGUGGGGGCUUUGCCUCUGGUCUCCAGGCUAAUGCCCCAAUCGAGUGUGUGGCUCGACACUGCCUUUUCCUCCGUCAGUCUCAGUUCUGGUGUGCUGCUUCUAGUGUGAGCCUCUUGCCAAGCUAAGUGUUAUUGAAAUGAUUAAAGAUACCCACAAAUUGGCUGUCUCUCAUGCACAGCUAUACUAGCAGUGUACUGAGACAU